AUGUCUGACCACAACCACUCAUAUCCUUCAUAUCAGCCAUAUCUAACACAACCAGACAAUGACAGUAGGGGACUAUACACUGAUGACAAUGACGAGCUCAGAGAUCUGGCUCUGCCCAGUGUAUAUGACAGACCAUGGUAUAACUGGGCCAAUGCCAGCACGAGCUCAUUGGUCUCAAUGCCGACAGCAAGGGUUUCGCAGCCGAUGGCCCGAACAGAUUCGAUGCAAAGCAACUUCACAGCACAUAGUGAGGACCUCACCUUAUAUGAUUACGACCCUAUCAUGGCCAAUCCUCACCCAGCAACGUGGCAAUCUCUUGAUAUGAUCUCCGAAACUGAAUCUGUCGACCCGUCUCUUUUGAACAGUCAACCUCGAUACGUUCGACUUUCGUCUGGCGGAGGGUGGAACAGCGCUGGAGGAUAUCCUAGACACGAUUACCCAGCCUUCAGCUCCAACCAAGAUUACUCACCUUUUGACGACAGUCCUACUUGUUUGGCGUCUCUGGAACUGGACAGUGACCUAUCCACGCGCCCGGAUUCCCCUCACUCAUCUGAAACCCUUUCUGUGUCGGAUGACAGUGGGCCGUCAGACGACGAAGGUCGGUUCACUUGCUCAGCCUGCGGGAUGAACUUCGCCACAUACUACAAACUGGAGGAUCAUGCAAAGUUCGAAGGACACAGAUCGUACAAAUGUGCGGAGUGCGGCAAUAAAUACACCCGCAGAGACGUGUACGUGAGACACGUCAAGGCACAUCGAGAGUCCAGCCUGCACCUCUGUAAAAUAUGCGAGAGCUCCCAACAACAGAAACGAUUCGCUCGCAAGGAUCAUCUUCAGCAGCAUAUCCGCACGCAGCAUCCUCAUGCCAAUAUCUCGGCAUCUAUUGGCAAGACUCCCGCCGCGCGCCUUGCGAACAGCUCGCCAAGCACGCCGUCGAUCACACCAGCUAGUCCUGCUCUGCGCCUGCGGAGAUCCCUGGCGAAGAUGAGAAACGUCCGGAACGGCAGUCUGUGA